AGAUCCCUUAUUUAUCAGGGAAAACUUCAUAAUUCUUAAAGUUUAUAAUCAGUUUUUUAUUUCACUUCCCCAGUAAGUUUCACUCCCGAACUAAACGCAUUGCUGGUUAGUGAUUCCCGUGUGUGUUGCCAUGGCAACAGUGAAGGCAUUGUGAUGUCAUAGUGUUUGCCACAGUGAAUGCAGUCUGUGUUCCCAUGGCAACAGGGUGAUCACAUUGUGAUGUCAUCCUUAUCAGAUCAGAUAAGGAGUCUUCACUGACAAUCCUGAAUCAUUUGCUGGAUUGUAGCCAAUCAGUGCGCAGCGUUACUGUUUGUCCCUAAUCGGCCAUUUGUUAUCUUCAGAUCUACUUCAAUCGGAUUAUCUGAAUAACAACAAUGUUUUCCAGACUUGGAAAAACGCUUGGGAACAUCUUUAGGUCUAACCCUAAGGAUCCCAAAGCAGCACCAACCUUUCAGCGCGAGAUGAAAGGUAAAGAAGCGCUUGAGAAACAGGCUCAGGAGGAAGCGGAAGGAUUCGCCCGGCAGCGGGAUAUCCGAAUGGCUUUGCAGGAGAGAAUAAAGGAACAACUCAAUGAUGAAUUUCUGGACGAAGCUGUACAAUUUACUGUUCAGCAGAUCCAGAGAGGAUUUGAGAUUGAUUCCUGCCGAAUGCAGCAAGAAGAAGAACAAGAAAAAGCCAAGAAGGAAAUAAAAAAGCGCAAAUUAAGAAAUGUGCUUCUUAGGAAAAGGGAGAUCGAACGACAAACAGAACGCGAAACAGAAGUGGAGAGACAGACCGAACAGAGACUGAGACAAAUGGAAGAAUGGAAACAUCUACAGAGAGAAGCGCAGGAAGAAGCCAACAAAGAGAUUGCGAAGCGCAAACUCAGAAAUGAGCUUCUUCUUGAAAUGCUUCUAAACAAGAAAGAAGAGGAGAAAGUAAUGGAAGGUCGUGCAAUCGUUGAGGAAGAAGAGAAGAAGGAGAGCUUCGUGGCAGUGAUGGAAGCACAGAGCCAAGAAGAAAUCACUCCACCGGGAGAAGCUCUGAUGCUUUCAAUUCCAGAAACAUCUGCUGAGAAACUGAGGGACUCUUUACCUGAAGAGAAUGACGAUAUCGAAGAUAUCGAGGCGGCCAUAGAGGCUCGAGCUGCAGUCCGGAGAAAGGAGUUUGAGAAGAGCGAAAGAAAGAGAGCAGCUCGAAUCCGCAAAGCACCUCUAAGGAAACCGCCUUCCUUUUUCGACAUUCCUGACAGGGUAAAGAGGAGAACUCGUUUCUACCAGAUUGUGGAGAAGAUUGAUGGAACCCUGGACCCGACUGGGUUGGAGAGAAGGCUGGUGGAAAAAACGCCACCAACUAUCGAAGACUUCCAACUCCAGUCGUAUCUCGGCGAGGGAUCGUUCGGGAAGGUCUAUAGGGCACAGCACAGAAGCUCAGGGAAGAUUUUUGCCAUUAAGGCAAUUGAGAUGCACGAAAUCAACGAGAGGGAGAUCUUUCACUGUGUCACCCUAGAGCAGCGAAUUCUCCGACUAGUCGACGAGGAACAAUGUCUGUUCCUUGCUGGGCUACUCGGCUCCUUCCAGACACAAAACCACAUGUGUCUGGCUUUGGAGUUCGCGGAAGGAGGAGAUUUGGCUGCCUACGCGGAUACAGAGGAACUUCCACUCGACAGAGUUCGGUUCUAUUCCGCUUGCAUGGUGCUGGGGAUACAAUUCCUGCACCAACACAACAUCGCGCACAGGGAUAUAAAAGCCGACAAUGUUCUCCUGUAUGAAGACGGGUACGUCAAGAUCACCGACUUUGGGCUUUGCAAAGCAGGUAAGUUGUAUAAGUAAGAUGGUGU